GAGCUCAAGGCGCACGCAGAGGCGCACGGUGCGGCGCCUUUAUGGGCCGAGGCGUACCAGAACAAAGGCGCAGGUACGGGUGCCAUCGGCUUCAAGACGUCAGAAGAGGCUGAAGAGGCUCUCGCGGUCUUGAAUGGCACUGUCUUCAAGAAAGUUCAGAUCGCCACAGACCCCUGGGAUGCCAAGAGGAAGUGA